GGUCCCUUUGGGCGUUUCGUGAAACUGAACACACAUUUCCACUUGAGUGAAAGUUGUUUUAAGUGUACUUCCCGAGAGAAGAUGCCCUUUGCGGCACUAGUUUGGUGUUCGACGAGGCGAUACAUAUUCAUCCGCUCCUACAUGAGUGUCAAGAGCACGUCAGUACCCGGAUGGACUGUCAUGGCCGCCGUCGCUGUGGAUCUAUAGAGAGGAGAGAAGGAAGGCGAAUGUUUUCCACUGUGUGCGUUUUUUUGUACCGUCGCCUCCUUUCCCACAAUGCCGGACGUUGACGGAGACGCCGCCUGAACUUCCAUCGAGUUCAUAGCGCAGAGGCCACGCUGAGCACCUUCAGACCCCGACAUGCAUUAAUGUUAGUUUAUCCCACAGGAGUACAGAUAACUGUAGAUUUACAACUAUGGAAGAAGACCUCACAAUACUUAAUGACUCUGCCAGAAACUGCAGCAUAUCAGUAUUAGGGGAUGAAAAAGAAAAGGUGAAAGACUUUGUGUUUAAGCAUUUCAGAGAAGUCACAGACGGGCCACUCAUCAAUAAUGCAGAAGAAUCUCCAAUUAAGGAUUAUGGGAGCUCAGGCAAGAAGGAUAAAUCAACUCUUAAUAAAGCUCACUGCAAAAAUCAGCAGGGGGCUGUUUUCUCAGGGAAGAUUCUGAGUUUUGGAUGCUCGGUUUGUAAAGAUGAUCGCCGAUUCAGCCCCAAUGACCUCCUCAAACAUUUUCAUUUAUGCCAUGAAGGAACCCUGCCUACAUACCCUUGUGAACUGUGCGGUUUUGUCACAAACGAGUUCCCCGCCCUUCAACGCCAUCGGAUAGAGCACAGGAAUACUCUGGUUACGUGCGAGCUCUGCAACAAUGAUGUUCAGUACUCUCUGCUUUUGCUCACCAGACACUACAUCAUGUGUCACAGUCUGAACGGACAGUUCACCUGCGAGUGGUGCGACUUCACAACUGUGGACGCAGGUACAUUCGUCCAGCACAUCCAUCAUCACAACGAGAGUCCUUGGAAGUGUUCGAAAUGCCGACAUAUCGGCUUGAACGAGGAGGAUCACCAGAAGCACACGAAAGGUCACUCGGGUACUUUCCCCCACACUUGUCAGAUCUGUGGAUACGGUGCACUUCGUAGUGAGUAUCUUAAGAAACACACCGCAGCUGUUCACAAAGAGGAGGCGGAGAGAAGGAAUGUAUUGAAGGCUAUAGACGACAGCCCAGCAAAUGGAUCUGCAUCGGCAUCUGCAACCUUAAAGCUUUUGCUCAAAAAGAGUGUUGAAUCACUGGAGUCUCAGAGGGUAUCCAAACUGACCGGCAGUUUACCCAACCAAAAUGGCAGGCUAAUCAAACCAGAGAUAUCUGUGGAGGAGACCCACCACUUUGUGGAUUCAAGAAAAGAAAACAAAAAUUCGGGAAAAGGCUCUCAUAACACCGAGCUGACGAUGCCGGUAAUGUUACAGGAAUGUGACAACUCUGCCAGUUCGGAUGCUCACACCAAUCCUAAUGUAACUGUUCUGAUGGUGAAGAACAAAAUCUCACUUCCCCCCAACUGUACAACGAAAGUGAUGGGAUUCAAGAUGGUUGACGGCAAAAAGCAUUUAGUUCUCAAAGUAAUACCAACAUCAAAUCAAGAUUCGUCCCCUCAGAACCAUUCCUGGAUUGAAGAUGUGGGUUCCUCGCCACCAAAUUAUGUGUUGGAGAAAAGUCGAGUCCCCAAUGAGAAUGGGGAAUGCUCGAAUACCAAGAUCUCCACGUCUCAUUGUUUUGCUCUUUCACCAAGAAGUGAAUCUUGCCUCCAAAUUGAUCAAGGAGAUAUUAUGACAGUAAAAGUUAAGAUUGAGGAGGAAGAAACCUCUGUUUGCAACCUUGAGUCCACCCCCCCUAGAGAUGAUGUUGGAGAGCAAACUAAUCCUUUACUAGGUAGGUCUUCAACUUGUGCAGAUACGUUAUAUCCCAUGACGAAUGAGUUGGAUCACGACCAAAGUCAAACAACCUGUUCAGAGAGAAGUAGGUUUGCUAAUAACUCUGACGCAACCUGCUAUAGCGGUUCUCAAAAAUGUAAUACUUCAACAUUGCUUUUCAAACAAGUCUCCAAAGAAACUAUUGAAAACUGUGGGGCUGCAGAUGAGUUAUUGAUGACCGAUACUGACGCAGACAAAUUCAUUGCCCAACACAAAGGGAUCUCUCCCUUUAAAAUUUUAGAAAUUGACGACGACCAAUCAUCCCAUAGUACCUCACAAGAAACUGACGGGGUUGGAAUGGAGGUCAGACUUAGAAAGAGCAAGCGACAUUUAAAAAAGCUUUCGACGAACCCAGCACCUCAAUCAGAGUCAUCCCCGCCCACCUCAGGUUGCCGCAGAGAUGGUCUCGUGGUUUGCACACAAAGUUCACCAAACCAAGAAGUAUUUAAUUUUCACAAUUAUUCCAAGGAAACAUUUGGCACAACCCAAAACUUUGACAAUAUGUCCGAUCACUCAGCAGACGGAGAAAGUAUUUGUGAAUCGUCGCAGUUUAGCUUGACAUUGGCCGAGUCUCCAGAACUAUUCUCAGAAAGUGGCUAUGAAAACUCGACUCGAGAACGGUUUUCCGAGAGUGAGGUUGAUGAGUGCGUAGCUAGCGUUGACGAUCCAGCCACUGAGGAAAAUCCGGAGUCAGUGCUCAAAGACUUUAAUAUUAUCAAAAUUGAGGAGGAGAGCAUUCCUAUAUCCAACAAACAGUCAGAAACGAGGAGUAGUUCAAAUUGCUGUGGCAGUUUUGUGAAGGAACAUUCGGAAGCAAUCAUUACCCAACAACUUCAUAAGGAAAGAGUUGGAUCUUCAAGUGCAAGUAAUGAUUCCUUAAAACAAACCAAAACGAGACUACGAAUCCUUCAAUUGCCAGAGGGCAAUCAGUCGGUUCUCCUGAGAACUAGUGAGAAUCAAUUUGCUGUUCCGGUGCAGGUCAAGGGCACUCCAGGCUUCAAACUGAUAACCAAUUCUGCAAAUCCUCAGAUCAAUGUAUCUUACAUGAAGCCAGGGUUAAAAAGGUCAUGUAACACUACUGGAGUAAGCCUUACUCCAAGCUGCAGGAGGCUAGGUGCAUCAGCACCUAAGGCAGGAGCUACUGAAAAUGGGACCACGCUUCUCUCUGCUCUUCAACAAGGUGCUGGCACCACCUCAAAUCACUACCUUAUCAACCGUCCAGGUUUUAAGGGACCAUUACUCUUCUCAAGCACACCACAUAAUACACCUGACCAAACGGCAAAGGCGCAGUCAACUUGCUACUUGGUCCAGAGGUCCGUUCCAUUUGGUCAGACCCCCAGUGCACCUGGCCUCAGAUUGGGAAGUACACAACUCCAAUUGAACUCGAGGCCAGUUCUGGCCAUGCCCGUGAGCUCUGCAGACAAACUCAGUUCUCUGCAAACUGGUCGCCAGGCAUUCUUGCUCCGAUACAUUUCUCCUCCCAAAUCAAGCUUAGACACAAAGACUGGGACCCAGUGUAGCCAAGCCAGUGAAAGUACUGGGAACAAAGUAAUAUUUAAACUCGUCAGUCCUACUGGUAGCCGUCUUAUCAGUGGUGCUGCGACCUCAAGCGGUCAAUCUCUGUUUUUGUCCUCCAGACCUCAGACCCAGUGUUUUCUGUUGGCGUCAAACAAAUCAAAUUCCUCUCGUGGGGUAAGGAAAUUGUUCCCCCUACACAAAGAUGUCAUGGAAUCUUGCAUGUCCCCCUCUCGGAUGAAUGUGAAGCUACAGUCGUAUGAAGCAGACAAACCUAUCCUGGCCCCGAGGCCAAUUCGGCCUCCAAGCCAAAGGAAACGGCGCAGGAAAGCACUGUUUGACGAGCUCCCAGCAACAGUGCAUAAAGCUAGAAGACUCUCAAAUAAAGCACCGACUGAGAAAGAGACUACAGUGUUAUGGAAGCCUGUAGCCAAAGACGUUGAAAAGACACUCCGGCUCGCCCCAUUCAGUUCUCUACAGCAGAUCAAAUGCCCUCGUAGACUCCAGCCCGUCGUGGUGCUCAAUCAUCCCGAUGCUGACAUUCCCGAAGUGGCCAAUAUCAUGAAGAUAGUUAACCGUCACAAAGGGGCCGUUACAAAGGUCUCUCUGUCGCCGAAAACAAUCCAAGCUUUCGCUGAUCUUGGUGCCUCGUCUCACAAGGAGGACCCGAGACCCCGGGCAGUCGAGAGUUCCGUCAGAGAGAGGUUCCUCCUGAAACUCAAGUUAAGGAAAAAAAGCAAAAAAAAGUAUGAGGUAGUCGAUACUGUGUCAGGUUGUCGAGAAGAGCCCGUAGUGUUUGACUGCUGGUUUUGUGGUCGGCUCUUCAACAACCAAGAGGAUUGGAUUGGUCACGGCCAACGGCACCUCAUGGAGGCAACCAGAGACUGGAAUAAACUCUUCUGAGAAGUUUUGCCGUUACCUUUUUACGAUGGGAUAUUUUGUCCCCUUUUCAGGUGGGACAAAUGGUUGAAGUUGUAUAUUUUUUAAUGACCUUCCCCAUUUAAAUUUGUUCACUUUCUGUUCCUGUACAUGCAUAUUCUUAAGUCGACCAUUGUUUAUCUUUUCAUCGCUGCAUUUUCUGGUAACAUAUGUACUGCAAGCAUGAUUACUAUCAUGCAUGCACAGGUCAAAUUGAACUGUGAAAAUGGUACACUGUAACUUGGAGUUGUGGUCAGAGCACUAGCGUCACGAAGGGGGACAAAGGUUGUGUGUAGAGCUGGUUUAAAUUUCUCAGGUGAUUUCAUAUUAAUCUGGUUUGUCACUUAUGCUCAUUCUUGCCGAGAUUAAAGGAUUUUUGUAUCUUCAUAAACAUACAUAUGAGAACAGGAAACUAUUUGUAUGGCUUACAGCUCAAGUGUGUGGACAAGCUCUUGUUUUUACUCUUGUGAUGUUCAGGUCCAAAUGUUGUUUUAAUUGAAGGGGGAUAUCAUUUUAUUCUGUUCUAUCUGCAGCAUCGCAGAUUGUCAGGUUGUUGUCGACUUGUAGGAGAUCCAGAUCGACUCGUUACGCCCUAUGCAGUUACCAUGCAACUAUAUAGUUUAUUCCAACAGCUCGGCUGUGUAUCCUCUUAAGAUGCCAAAGAUGACGAAGUGGCUGCAUUCUUCUGGUCCUUUUAUAGUUGGAAUUGUAGAGGUUGAGUAAUUAUACCCCAAUGAGUAUGACCAACCAUGGUUAAACACUGCAACUAAGAUGUCUGUUCAUUAUCAAUGAGGAAUCAAUGACUCGUUUGGCCCGUCACAUGUCAGAAUACAGUGAAAAUGUCUUUUAUAAAGACCAAGGGGACGUCAGCUCUGUUUGGGCCAAACCCAAAGAAUUUCGGUUUGAUCACGUUAGACAAGCAAAGGCAGCAGAUCAGCUUUUCUGUAGAGGCUGGCACGAGGCAAUGUUGUGUCAGAGUUGAGAUGAUCGAUAUGCCUGUUCUGUACAGUGCUGGAGCCGGGUGAGGUUAGCCUAGCCUAGCAUAAAGACGACGCAGGGUGAAAGCUAGUUCUGUGCAGUGUGUCCGGCUACAGCGGCGGUUGCCAGAUGUGCAGAGUACAGCUCUCCAGCACACGACUCCCCCAAAAACGCUUUAUUGGGAGACGGCUGGACACCGCCGAGCUCGUCCUUACCCUCCCUCUUCCAGUCUUUAUGCUAAGCUAGGCUAACCAUGUCCUGAAUGAAACUCUGUACAUUAAGCACAUUAGAUUGACACCAAUCUGGUCAUCUCGACCUCUGAUAUGAAGUUGUGAACUACAUGAUUAGCUUAGUUUAGCAAGACCACGACCAGCAGGAAGAACACAACUUGUGAUUUCUACCUUUUCUUUGUGUGCAGUUUAAACACAUUUGAUACAAUGUGUCAAUUCACAAACACCAGGCCAGCUAUAUAUAUAUAUAUAUAUAUAAGCUUAUUUGCUUUCUUCAUGACGGUGAGACAAGAAGAUUGAUAUCAAUCUUUAAUGUUAUGUACAGAGCUUCUGUCUUCACAGGGUUGGCUAGGAUGGAAUAAAAAAAGAAAAAUGUAUAUAUAUAUUUAUAUAUCAAUUCUUUUUUUCUUUCUUCUUGUCUCACCGUCGUAAAGAAAGCCAAUAAGCAUAUUUUGUAUUCUGUUGUUUCUUUAAUCAAACUAGUCCAGCCAGCUGUGGGAAAACCAGCUUCCUCGGUCCUAAUGUCCCUUUAGUGUUGUUCCCUUUUUAGAUGUGAAAACAUUCCAACUCUGUGAAAAGCUAAACUCCUUUACACUAAAAGGUCAAAUGUGCAAUGUACCAGUUCUCAUGGGUGGAGGUGAAACACGGCUCGGUGUUAAAAUUCUGUUUAAAGAAUUUAAUUUAUUCACGUGACUUUUGUCUCUCUUGAAACUGGUUUGGGUUAACGUACAUACGCAAAUACUUUAACGUAAAAUAGCAGCAUGUGAAGUAACGAAAGGUUAAUAAUCAACUUUAUGUGAGAGCAUAAUUAUUUUACCCCCCCCCCCCCCCGUUGUUUCAUUCUGUGUGCUGGAAUUAAAUUCCUGUCUCUAAUAUGAUGCAUAUAUAUUAGGACUAAGUCUGACACGUGAGUCCUCAGUGUAUUUAUAUUUUAUGCAACUUUCAGCCCCUUUCUCAUUGAUUUUGAAGCCGCCCCCGCUCCCACAAUUUAUAUACAGAUGGCUUGAAAUGACCACAGCAAACACCGGAUUACUUUCACACGUCUGAAAUGUAGAGUUGUCUCCCCUCGCUGCUCCGGGCCAAAGAACUGUCUGCUUUUGGGUUCUUGAGCGUAUAUAAAUGAGUUCUGCACCGUGACGACCCCAAACCCCUCGCGAUGAGGGACACACGGCCCGAAAUGAAAAGUGAGCAAUGAUUAUUUUUGAAUAAAAAUAAAUAAAAAAUAGAGCACUCCAGCUGAUGUUGUUCCACCACAAACCCAACGCUGGACUCCUCCCGUCCAAGCGCUCUCAUCUUUACUGAAUCUCUCCUCAUGCAAAGUGCCUCGAAUGUUCUGUAGUUCAUCCUCGUGGCUCACUCUCCUCUAAUAAAUGUGCAUACCUAGUGGAAAGAA